AAGUUAAAAACUGCUGAGAGACCUGACCACAGACAGAGGAGCAGAGCUGACUAGGGAGAAGCAGAAGCUGCAAGCAGCAGACAGCAACAAGAAAAUAAUACGGCAAAGCCAAAGGGCAUACAAGGAAGAAUAAAUUAGAUGUUGGCCUGAGCUUUGGAAGUCUUGAAAGAGGUGGAGUUUUCCUUUUUCACUGACGGAGGAAUUUGAAAUCACAGAGAAAGAGGAAAGCAAAAAUGGAAAUAUUUCAUAAACACAAGGGUGAAGGUAAAAUCAGAAUUUCCCAUGAACUCUCAGAAGGGGAAAAAUUAGGAACAAAUAACAGAAAGGUGCGGGUGAAGAAAUGCCUGGAUAGCCUUGGGAUUCCCUGUAAUCUGGAUGAUGUGCCCAAUAUUGCCAUCCUGGGAGCUGGGGGAGGUCUACGAGCCAUGAUCGCCCUUCAUGGAACCCUGCAGGAGCUACAAAAACAUGGUCUCUUGGACACCAUCAUGUACUUGUGUGGGGUUUCAGGUUCAACUUGGUGUAUGUCAUAUCUCUACAAAAAUGGGGACUGGACAGAGAAAUUGCAGGCCUUGGAGGAAAGUAUGUGUGCUAGACUUUCCAAAUACACCUGGAGUGUCCCAAAGGCAACAAAAUUGCUUCUUGAGGCAGCUAAAGAUGAAAAUUACUCUCUAACUGAGUUCUGGGCAUACACUGUGGUCUAUGGAAUGUUACAUGAGCUGGACAAGGGACACUUGUCUGAGCAGCAGAGUGCUUCUGAGAAUGGAAAUAAUCCCUACCCCAUCUAUGCAGCAGUGGAUGAGCGAAGUUUUUCCAAAGUAACUGAAUACUCUCCAGCAACCUGGUUUGAGUUCACCCCCCAUGAAGCCAGCUUCCUUGGCUAUGGAGCAAGUGUACCCAUGGAAUACUUUGGAAGUGAAUACAAGAAUGGGGAGCUAAAGAAGCAGAAAGAAGAGAAAAACAUGAGUUACCUACAAGGUUUGUGGGGAAGUGCCAUUGGCAGCAAAACAGAAAAUGAAAAGGUCAUAAAAGACAUAUUCUUUGGCUUCUUUAAGGGAGAAAAAGAAUCGUAUUCACCAUCUAAAGAAAGUUGUCCGGAAGGAAUAGUCAAGGGAUUUCCAAUACCCUCCACUGAACCUGAAGCUGAUGAUAUGGAAGGCUCAUUGCACGGUGAGCCAGCAGGAGCUUCACCUGGAGGCUUUUCACCAGAUACUAAGAACAAGCCAAUUACUGAAAACAUUAAAGAUGGAGUAGGCUCAGUGGUGGAUUUCGCUAGAAUGUGGCAAAAAACCACUCAUGGUCUCUUGACCUGGAAAUGGGGAACGAAUAAUAACUUUCUUUACAAAUGUUAUCUUCAAAGCAGUGCUGUGCAGGGCCUGCCUCACCUCACUGUGGUCUCUUUGUUUCUUUGCACUGGCUUCUUUGAGUACAUGAAACCCACCUUCAGCUCAGCAUCAAAUAUGGAUCUCAUGAUAAGUGUUCUAUAUUCCCUGGUGCCUCCAGUGAUGAAUCCGAUCAUCUACAGCAUGAGGAACAUGGAGAUCAAAGCUGCAUUAAAGAAACUGAUUGUUUGGAGGUUAUUCACCAAGAAUUAA